GGCACGGCAAUGGAGCCCAAAUACAUCCCUCGUUCGAAGCUGUACACCCUGCAGUGCUGCCUGUCCGCCAUGCUCUUGUUGCAGUUCUUCGGGGGGAUGUUGUUGCAGGCUGUGGGCCGCAGUGUGGUGCCUGGCUACACCAUCUUGUAUGGGUGUCUGUCAGUGCUGGGUUGGGCCUGUUCUCUGGUCCUGCUGAGGCAGGAGAGGACCCGGGUGCUGGUUCGGGAUCGAACCCGGGGCCACAGCACAGUGCUGCUGCUCUUCUGGGCUUUGGCCUUUGCUGCAGAGAACCUGAGCUUCAUGUCAUGGAUGAGCCCCCUCUGGUGGUGGUCCCUAGAAACUACACAGCAAAAGGUGCAGUUUGGGCUGUGGCUGCUGCGCUAUGUCUGCACAGCACUGCUGUUCAGUCUGGGACUCCGGGCUCCAGGGCUGCCUAAGAGACCCUACAUGCUGCUGAUCAAUGAAGACGAACGCGACCUGGAGCACGGGCAGCCCCUGUUGGGUGACGGCAGCAGGAGCCAGUCAACGUGGCAGAAUUUUGGAAAGAAGGUGAAGCUGCUGGUUCCCUAUAUGUGGCCGAAGGGGAGCGUGCUGCUGCAGGGGCUGGUGGUCCUGUGUGUUGGGCUGCUUGGGGUAGAGCGGGCUGUCAACGUCUUUGUUCCCAUUUACUACAAAAACAUAGUGAACGAUCUGACUGAAGGAGCCAGCUGGAAGGCCGUUUCUGUCACAGUCUGCAUGUAUGUGUUCCUCAAGUUCCUGCAAGGAGGGGGAGCAGGGGCCUCUGGCUUUGUGAAUAACCUGCGCUCGUUCCUGUGGAUCCGGGUACAGCAGUACACUAACCAGACAGUGCAGAUCCGCCUGUUUGCUCACCUUCACUCGCUGUCCCUGCGCUGGCACUUGGGCCGUCGCACUGGGGAGGUGCUGCGCAGUAUAGACAGGGGAACCUCCAGCAUCAACUCCCUGCUGAGCUACAUUGUGUUCAGUAUCUUUCCCACUAUAGUUGACAUUGUGAUUGCAAUCGUCUACUUCAGCUCCCUGUUUAGUGCCUGGUUGGGACUAAUCGUCUUCAUCUGUAUGGCCCUUUACCUGAGUGAGUAACGCCUGCCCUUGAGC